GUCCAGUAUUCUAUAGCUCUGGGCUAAUGCAAGCUACGCCAAAUAAUAAAGAAAGAGUCCCUGGCCUUUAAUUAUAGUGGGCUGUGACGCCUAUGAGUAAACAAAUAAAACGUAAGCAAGUAAAAGUGGUAAAACGGGUAUUAUAAUUGACACAAAAAUUGACAUGACAUGUGAAAUCAUCUCAUUAAAUUAUGUCUAACAACAUCGAAGACAAGCUAAAGGAAUAUCGUCGCCGUAAAGAGGCAGAAGUUAAGUUGUCACAUCGUAAAUCAAUAUGGGAAAGACUUUUCCCAGAAAAGUUAAGAAGUCCAAAUGAAAACGUCACUGUUGCUCGCGAAAUUGCCGGGAAUGUUUUAGACUGUGACCAAAAUCAAGCAUCCAUAGUAAAUCACGCAGAAGAGCCAGAGUUAAAGAGUAGUUCUAAUCAAGGACCAAAAAUAGCACAAAAGCCUUAUUCUCGGAGAAAAACAGAAUCAACUGAAUCACUCAAACAGGUUCCACAUAGUAAACAAUCAAGUUCUCUGCUGCACAAUCAGACUACUCCUCAUGAAAUAAGUAGUAAUGAUAGAGAAUUCAAAUGGUUUCUUUAUUUUCUGAAAAUAGUACUGUGGAUUGUACUUUAUUUGCUUUGUUUGGAGCUGGAAUUUGGUGCAGUUUAUAUUAUUUUCUCUGCCUUCUAUCUAAUAUUUACCAACUUUCGAAAUGGACAAAGAAAGUCAUGGGAACCAAGUGCAUAUUCAGUUUUUAAUCCUGGGUGUGAAGCAAUUGAUGGUACAUUGAAACCAGAGCAAUUUGAAAAGGAAAUUCGAUACGGUUUUUAAAUUUAUCCUGUAUGUUUUUUUUUUUACACUGAUUUGAGGGAUUCUGCUACAUGGAAAUAUGUGUCAUCAUGUUAUUAAAGCAAAAUAAAUUUAUGUUGUGUCAUGCAAUAAAGUAAGUUCAGUUAGUUGGUAGAAAAUACUGGUAGAAUAUUUAAGUAAGAUAACAGUCACCAUUAAAAAUUCAUUUUUGUAAAUUUGAAGUAUUUUUGCAAACAUUGGAAACGUAUAAUAAGCGUCGAAAUUCUUUAGGUUGAAAGGGUCUUUAAAUGAAAAGAUUUUAGACCUUUAGAAUUUGUAAAUUCUAUUUGAGCUCGUCUUAUGCCGUUGGGGGGGGGGGGGGGGGGGGCUGGAUUUAUGCUACCGCAUUGUCCGCAUAUUUAAAAAAGUUCAUACGGGGAAUUACACCCAUUUUCAGUUCACCUACUGUAUGAAAUUUCGCCUCUUUCAAAAGCUCGUCAAAUCUUGCGCCAGCAUAAGCAUAACCACUUUAUUGUUUCCCAGAUGUUUCAACCGUUAGGUAAAUGUAUGAUAUUUUUUAAUUAUCUCGGAGAAUAUUAGGCCUACAACUAGAUAACUGCGAAGAAGACUGAAGUUCAUUUGAACGCAGUGAAACAGAUGAUGCCAAAGUAAGUAAGCCGCAGCCGCAGCAUCAACGCUUAUCGUGUUUACUCCAUAAAACUUCUCCAGAGAACCCAAAAAUGUGUAGAUAAUGUAAAUGGUGUCGAAGGAAUUAAAUGACAAUUUAAAAUAAGAAUGUGCUCAUAAAAGCGUUAUGAUGUUUGUAUCCGGCUAUCCGCCAGAAAACAUAAUUGAAAAAUACAUAUUUCAUUUGAAAA